GUUCAAGUUUCGUUAUGGUAACUUGCUCGAAUACGUUUUUAAGUUUAUUUGAAAUAAUUUUUACAAAAACCAAAUCUUCUGAUUUUAAUCUGAUCGUGCUUUUAAUGUCCUAUGCCAUAUGAAGUAUGCUGUCUGAAACGUUAUACAUUCAUUUCGUUAAAGAAACAUGCAAGUUUGCCAACUCAAUGCAGUUCAAUGAAUAUAAAUGGAGUCAUGAAGGUCCAAAAGGAUUAAUAGUAGACGUUGGUUGUGGCAUCAACCAUAUAUCAACCAAUUUCAUUCGUAGCCGCUACGCUAAUGUUGACCAAAUAUAUAGUAUUGACAAUGACCCCGAAGUUAUCCGAUUUUUCAACAGAUAUAACGAACCUAAAUUAUUGGAAAUUAAGGAAGCUGAUAUCACAGACUGGGAUUUUCUAAUGAACAAAGAAGGUAAGGUCUCCAAAGUGGUUUCACUUCGUUGCCUCGAUGAAGUUCAAGAUCAGAAAAAAGCCUUUGAAAAUAUCUUCCGACUUUUAAAACGAGGUGGAGAUAUGCUUGUAUUAAUGACAAUUAAUUCAACAUUUUAUGAACUUGUCGAUACAGUCCUACGAAGGGAUAGAUGGAGAAAAUACUUUAAAGGCAGAUAUGUAAUUCCUGAGUCACAUACAAGCCGUUUUACAGCUGAUUAUUACAGAAGUCUGCUGCAUUUUAUUGGAUUUGUAGAAAUUACUGUUUCAGACAUGCCUCGAAUCGUAAUAUACAAGAAGGUCACUGAUUUUAAAGAGGAUGUACAUCACUGGAGUUCAUGCAGCUCUAUCCCCGAAGAAUGUCGACAAGAGUUUGCCGAGGAAGUACUCUCUGAGAGCGUACGUCUUGGGAAAAUUCGUUUGGAGAAUUUCUGUAUCUUAUACAACACUCUUUGGAUUCAUGCUGGCAAGCCAUUAUGAACCAAACAAUAUUUUGAAGUCAUUGGGAGACUAUUCCAAAUGAAGUGUAAUUGGACUAUUGUGGUUAUUUUAAGAUUAUUGUUUAAAUAUUCCGAGUUCGUUAAAAUGAUUUUGUAAUGAACUCUUAAUGAUUUUAUUUCAUUUGAAAUGAUUCAAGUUUGCGAAAAUUGAAUUUUGUAAAGGAAAGUUUCUGUCACUUCCUGAUACCAUAAAGUUCCAAAGAUACCAGCCCCAUUUUAUACAACUGUUUUUACUAUUUUUUUAAGAUUGCAUUGUU